AUGUCUCUAGCGAGACGACAACUGCAGUUACAACGACUCUGCAGACAAAAGUGUUCGUCCUUGAAGUCCAUUUUUAAACAUUUUGUUAUAGAAAUGUCAAGUUAGCCGUUUUGGUAUCCACUUUUCUCUUGUUUAUAUUUGGUAUAGCGUAUUUGCAAGAUAAUGAAACGGUAUGUGUUUUUAUUCAUUUUUCUGUGAAUUUCUGAGUUUUUCAGGUAUCUAGGGAAAACCACCUUCAUAAAGGAGAGAAUUCAAACGAAGCCGAUGGCGCGAACGAAGAUGAUUGGGCAAACAAAGUCUUGCCUGGUGAUGCAGACCCAAACACUAUUUUCAAAGAUGAACUCGGAAAUUAUGAAAGAAAAACGCCCGAAGUUCCAUCCAAUCAGCCAGGUUUCCAAUAAGUGUGAUGGAGAAAAAAAAUGAAAGGUUUUUUUUUAGGGGAAGGAGGUGUUCCUGUGGUAGUUAGAGACGAGAAAGGAAUCGCCGCCGGCCGCGACGCAGAACAGGAAUUCGGAUUCAAUACCUACGUUUCAGAUCAGAUUUCCUUGAACAGAACGAUCCCUGAUAUAAGGCCAAAAGAGUGAGUUUUAAUUCCAAUCGAAAGGUUGGAAGAGUAUCGGUUCAAUAACUAGUUCAGAUGCAAGCACUGGCACUACCCCGAAAAGCUGCCCAAGGUAUCUGUAGUAGUCGUUUUUCACAACGAAGGCUGGACUCCUCUUCUCCGUACAGUCCAUUCGGUUUUGCUGCGAUCGCCGUCGCAUUUGAUCGAGCAAGUCGUGAUGGUGGACGAUGACUCCGACAAGCGUAGGGCUGUCUUGGCUGCUCUGAUUCCAGUAGAUUAUUCCAGCUCAUCUCAAGGAAAAGUUGGAGAAGUACAUCACGAGGUUCAACGGCAAGGUAGUCCUGGUCCGAGCUCCAGAGAGACUGGGACUCAUCCGCGCGAGAACUCUCGGAGCCCAGCAUUCCACGGCCGAAGUCGUCAUUUUCCUCGACGCUCAUUGUGAAGUCAACGCUAAUUGGCUGCCGCCUCUUCUUGCUCCAAUCAAGUACAAUCGGUUAGUUCUUCAGAUUUUUCAGUGAAGGUGUGAAACUUAAACGCUGCAUAAAGAGUUUACAUUUAGGAUAGAUUAAAUUUUCAAUUUAAAAAGCGUAAAGUCUGAAAAAAGAAGUUUUAGCAGUUUUUUCGAACAAGAUAACUAGUUUUUUGAGAAGCAGUCAACAGCGCAAAAAAAAGAGAAACUUUUGAAAGUUUAGAUUUUGAGUUAUUUAUUGAUUUUUGCUCUUAGCUGUUUCUUUCUUUCAAGUUUUGAGCUGUUUGAUUAGAAAAAAUGUGUGAUCUGCAGAAAAAUAAAACAUUCUAAAAAAACUAUUAUUUUUUGUAAUUAACUCUUUAGUCUCCUGCUGUUUAAAUUUAUAUCCAAUUGAAGCUGAAUUCUUAAAAGCUGAACGCUGUCAAAACAUUCUGGUAAACUUUGUAUUUAUAUGACUAAAAAUACUGUGAUUAUGUUGAUGACAACUUUUUUUUCAGAAAAGUGAUGACGGUCCCUGUAAUCGACGGGAUCGAUUCGAACACUUGGGAGUACCGCAGCGUCUACGGCAAUCCAAGUAGCCACUUCAGUGGAAUCUUCGAGUGGGGACUUCUCUACAAAGAAACCCAAAUAAGUGCGAGAGAAAACGACGGACGGGCGAAGUCCAGUCAACCUUUCAGGUUUCUUCUUUUUCAAUUUUCUCAUUACUAUCUUUUUUUGAAGAUCUCCAACACAUGCUGGUGGCCUGUUCGCAAUUGAUAGAGAAUGGUUCAAAGAGCUCGGGUAUUAUGACGAAGGCCUUCAAAUUUGGGGUGGCGAGCAGUACGAGCUCAGCUUCAAGGUAAGAAGAUGAUCAGAAUCGCAAUAAUCUUCAAUUUAAAAAACAUUUUCUGAUUUUGGCUUAAUCGAGCCACAAUGUUUAAUAUUAGUUCGCUCUUUGUAGAAAAAAAAACGAGUUUUGCUCGGUUCGAUUUACUUACGAUAUUGUUUUGAGAUAUUUUUUUUUUCAAAUUUUCUUCGCCGCUCAGUUUUUUAUAUACAUUUUUCCCAGAUUUGGCAAUGCGGCGGCGGAAUUCUCUUUGUUCCUUGCUCACACGUUGGCCACGUCUACCGGUCUCAUAUGCCAUACAGUUUUGGAAAACUCACCGGAAAACCAGUCAUUUCUACGGUAAUAUUGGCUUACAAUGUAUUUUAAAAAAAGAGUAAAAAGAAAGAAGAACAAGGUUCAAAGAUAUUUUGUAAAAAUAAAAUUCUAUGGCUCUUAUCGUUAUUUAUUUUUUGUUUUUAUUGUUUUAAACAAACUUUUGAAAAAGUUUUCUCUUUUUUUUUUAGAUAUAAGAACGUUGUGUGACAGAAGGAUCCUUUUGAAAAAGUUUUCUCAAGAGACGUUGGAGUCGGAGUUUCGUUAAGUAGAUGUGAACGAGGAUCUGAAAUUCAUGGUCGACCUGAACCUUUUCAGAACAUGAUGCGAGUGGUGAAGACGUGGAUGGACGAGUACCUCCAGUAUUAUUUGAUUCGAGAACCUCAGGCCGCCAAAGUUGAUCCUGGAGAUUUGACGUCUCAAUUGGCUCUGAGAGACCGACUUCAGUGCAAAUCUUUCAAAUGGUCAUAAACCUUCAAUAUUCUGGCAAAUUUUCUUUCAAAUUUUAGGUACAUGGACAAAGUUGCUUAUGACGUAUUGACCAGUUAUCCUCUUCUGCCUCCAAAUAAGGUGUGGGGCGAAGCGCGUAAUCCGAAGACUGGUGAGAAUUAUUAUUCUUUUUUGAUCUGUCCCCAUUUUUUAGCAUGAAAAUUUGUUUGUAUCCCGAUGAAGCUUAGGUCCUAAAAUAACGUCAAAAAUCUUCCUAAUCUCUUUCCAAGAUUUUAGCUCGUAUAUUCUCAGAUAAAUACCGGAAUUUCGAAACAGUAGAUAAAUUUUAUCAGUUUAAAAAUUUGGUUAUUCUUUAUUUUUUCAUCCGCACCAACUUGAAAAUUUUUUAAACGAUCUGCUUCCGCUUUUCUCUCAACAUCGAGGAACAAAUAAAACCCCUAAAAAUACACGAAAAGCACCACGAUGGUCAUAUUGUGAGCCUUUAAAGCUGAACCUUUUUCGUUAGGCUCGAAAAAAGAAAAGAGAAUGGAUUUUUACGAAAAAAAAGUCAUUUUAAUCAUUUCUGAAGGCCUAAUAUUCUUUGAAAAGUUGAUCUAUUCGCAGGAAAGUGCCUGGAUCGGAUGGGCGGGAUUCCCGGUCCACUGGGAGCCAGCGGAUGUCACGGCUGGGGCGGAAACCAGGUGGGUCGUUCUACCUGUCGGAUUGUUCACCCGGGGCCGAUUUUAGCUCAUACGUCUGAACAGUGCCGGACAGUUGGCCCAGGGCGAAUGGUGCUUGACGGCUGCUGGCUUAAGUGUACAGGCGAACCACUGCGUCAAGGGAAAUGUGGCAGGAUUUUGGGAGUAUGAUGAGGUCAGAAAAGAUUUCUCAUAACAAUUUUCUCAGUUUUCUAUGCCCCUCGAGCUUCCUCAUAAAUAUCUGUUUUUCUGUAAUUGAGAAAGAAUUUAGAACUUUUUCUCGCGAUUUUUCCUAACAAGUCAAAAAUUUAUGAUCAGAAAGAAAAACCGAAUGGGAAAGUUAGCAAUUUUUUUGUGAAUUAGCUUUAUGAUGAGAUACGUUUUUUGUUCUAAAAAGAUCAUCGCGUCUAUCUUUUGAUAGAUCGUUUCACCUUUUCUCAAGAGUUAGAAAAAAUAUCUGAGGGCAAAGCACAAAGUUCAACGGCAAUCAAACUUCUCCUUUCGUUCAAAGUUGUUUGAACGGAUGGUCUAUAUCUCACGAAUCCAGCAUUUAUGCGGUUUUAUUUUCUUUUCUUAGAUCCCGUUUCGUGUCUCGAAUUUAAGUACUAAUAAACAGAACAAUUUGUUCAUAUAGACCCUUGUUUCAAAAUAUUUUUUUUACAGUCUACACGCCAAAUUGUGAAUACGAAGAAUCGAUUCUGCUUGACGGUAAAAGAAGAAGGACACGACGCCAUUUUGCAGUCGUGUGAUGCCAACAAUGAUCUUCAGAAGUUUGAAUGGAAGGAAAUUUAUCAAAAAGGAUAA